CCUUUAGCAUGUGUUGCUAUAGCAACCGACGCAGACACAGAUUUAGGAACAUAUUGGAGAAAGGGCAUAACAGUUGUGUCAUGGCUACCUCACUACGAAUAGAAAUGUCAAAACAAAUCAAUUAGCUACAAAAUGUCUAAUAAAGGAUCGAUAAAAAAGACUUUCGAUGCAAAAAAUGCACAUAGUUCACAAACAAAAUCAAGAACUAGAGAGAUUUCCGAUCAGAAGGAGAAAGAAAUUUUUCGCAUCACUCAAAAUGCAGAUGUUAAUUCAAAAGCAGAACGCAGUGGGAUCAAUUUAUCAUCAGUGGUGAAAAAGACUUCUAGAUCAAAUGGCACAAUUUCUCAAGUAAAAGCAAUUGUUAAAAGUGAUACGUCAAAGUCACUUUCCAAAUCGUCUCGAACACCUUUAAAUGUUAGUAGAACAACUAAAGUGAAAGAAAGUGAGACACAGGGUACGAAGCACACGAAGCAAACAGAAAGCUCCAGUAAAUUGAAGGAAAAAAUUAAAAUUUCGGAAAAACGUGGUAGGAGCACAAUAUUUGUGCCUGAAAGUAAUACGAGUAAACUCAAAUCGUUAUCAACGAGACAAUUGUCAGAUUCUAAAGCAUUGCCAACUAAGAAAUAUGAUAGAGCCGAUGACCGCAAAAAUAAGAGGCCAUCUUCUCGAGAACGUAGAAAGUCGAGAACUUUAAGUCCAAGUGAAGUGAGAGUUCUACAUACUGCAAUUCCAAACAAAAAUUUCGAUAGUGCAGUCAAGCCCGAUUCAGAUGAAGAUUUUGACUAUGAGGACGAUUUUGAAAGUUAUAAAUCCGACUUUGAGGAAUGUACAGACAGUAAUAAUUCUCUAAUUAGCGAGGAAGCUAAUGAAUCUAGAGACAGUCCUAUUUUAGAACCAAUUGAAAUGAAAGCACUCGAAAGGAAAAGAGUUGUGAACAGUUAUGAAAUUCGUAAAACGGAAGAAGAGCGAAUGUUGGACUCUGGUCAUUAUGAAUUAGCAGAAGCCAGAAAAAGAGCAGCGAGAAUUGAAUCAUUGGUAAUAGAUUCAAAUUUAACGAGUCGUCCAAAAACGCCUUUGACUGAAUUAACUCAUCCCAUAAAUCAGACUUUUAGAGAGGAGAAGCAGUCAGAAAAUAAAUCUUUACCUCUUUCAAUGGAUGAAGGAUUUGAAGACGCAAGGUCUGGAGAUUUUGCAAAAUCACCUCCUAUUUCUCAAAUUUCUGAAACUUCCAAAAUAACUAAUCCUCAGAAGGAAAAGACGGAAACGAGGAAAGUACUAAGUAGAGGAGAGGAACUAAUGACCAUGAUUAAAUUAGACAAUGUUGAAUGGUCCUUAUACGAAAGUGCGCCAAUUGCUUAUGACGAAUUCAUUAGGAAUUAUGGGAAAUUGAACACGCAACAGAUGUGCACUCAAACUAAUGACGAUAAUCUGGAGGAGGAGACUCAAACAGAAAAAAUUGAAUCCUGUAGCAAAUGGACACAAUUUCCAAUAACGUGCAGGAAAAAUCUGACUACCAGUGAAGAUAUAAAAUUAUUUCGAAAGGAACAAUUUGGCGUUGGUAGUAACGAAGACGAUUUAGAUUUAACUGUUGUUCCACCGUACGAUGUUUUGCAGUUAAAUGAAUUUUUGGAAAGAACGGGAAAAGUAAUGCUUUGUCUUCUAGAAGAAAGACGAUUUGGUGGAAAUAUUCUUCAAAAGAACAAUCAUGAUAUGCCUUUUAGUGCGGGCUGUAUAAAACUCUCGAUAAAUUCACUGACUUUUUUAACAGGUAGAUCUGUAACUGCCAUUAUAUACUCCGAGAUAUUAAAUAAAGUUCUUCUCACGAUUCACGCUCCAAGAGACGAGGAUAUCGAGACAUCAAACAAGCAAGAUUAUGUUAUUGAUUGUUGUAUUGGAUGCAUAUGGAAUAUUUCCGAGCCAUCAAGACCAACCAAAAUAAUUUAUUCACAAAGUCCAAUAACUUCAUGUUGUUUUCAUCCAACUAGUUAUAAUAUUAUUUUUGCUGGCUUACAAGAUGGAUCGAUUAACAUUUGGAAUUUGAAAGAAGAUGAAAUGUGGCAUAAAAAAGUGACUUACAAGGAAAAUGAAAUUGAUUGGGUGAUACGUUCACCAACUUACACAACAACGGGAAAUUUUGAAAUUGACGGACAUAAGUCUGAAAUCGUGGCCUUACGUAUUUUAUCAAAAGUAGAAAAAGAAGCCCUAGAUACCGUUAAUAAUAAGUUUUUACCAAUUCAAAUUUGUAGUUUAGACGAAAAUGGUAGUUUAAUAAUAUGGAGCGUUUUAAGUACGAUGAUAAAGAGUUCUGGGGAUUAUGGAGUAUCGCACUGGGGCGAUAUAAAACUGACAAAAAGCCAAGAAGUGCCUUUAUCUUUUAAGAAAACUGAUAUGGAGAAUCACUUACGAAGAUUUUUCGACUUAACUGUAGAUAGUAUUAAUAAUAAUGAUCUUUUUAUUUCCACAAAUUCGAAUAGUAUCUUACAUGCCAAUAGUGUGGGAGGAAGAACUAAUCCAAUGAAUUACAAAGAAGACGAAAUGGAUUGGUCUGGCAAUGCAACUUGUAUCGAGAGAUGUCCUUUUAAGCAAUCUUUUUUCUUGGUAGGUUGCGAUAAUGGUACUGUACGUCUUCAUUCAUUAAAUGUGAAAAAAUCUCUUCUACAAUUAAGAAACGAAAAUUACAAAUCGGCUGUCAAAAUAAUACAAUGGUCGAAAUCGAAACCCUUCACGCUGUUUGUUCUUGACAUUAAUUCGCAAAUACAUGUUUGGGAUUUAAGCAACAGUGAUACUUCUCCUGCUUAUUCGAUAUCUACAAAAAGUUGGGAUAAUGUAGAAUGCAUUCAAUUAUCUCCCUGCAAUUCUAGUCACGAUUUGGCUAAUCAGUAUUUGGCAAUUGGUACUGAGAUGGGAAAUGUUGAAGUUCACAAAUUAAGCAAAGAAUUCUACAAUUCUCAACAAGAUUUUUUUGAAGACAUUAAUAACUUUUUGCGAUACUUCACAAUUUUAUAAAAAAAAUGGAUUUUCUAACAAGCAAUUCACGUGUUCCAAAAAUAUCAUUAAAAAAUUACAAUUUAUUUAUAUCAUAUAAAACUCUUGAGGUUUCCAAAGACUGUUAUUAAUAUUAUUAUUAUAUUAUUAUUAUUAUUAUUAUUAUUAUUAUUAUUA